AAUCGCAUUGCAGUCAUUGCACUCUGCAGGAAAUUUAAGAAACUGAAGGAUCUUAUCUAUGGUCAACCCCGGGUUGACAUUUUAUAAUUUUCGCGAGAUUUUUCCAAUUCUACAAAUUUUCAGCCAUCUGUGUUCUAUUUUAAGACUAAUGACUGAUAAGAGUUUCAUGAAUUCCUCUGUUAUUUUCUGGUGUGUCAUGUGUGUAGUCAGCGUGGGGUUAGGCGUCGGUAUGAGAGUUCUAUGAAUAGUGCGGAGGUAGCUUCCUGAGGGUUGUGGUUGGGACAGUUUGGUAAUAUGCAAUGGAUAUACAAGGGCUGGAAGAAGCGAUGUCUGUGGGUGCUGUUAGUGGCAGCGUUGUGCCCGCUGCUCGUGGCCCAGAAGAUCGGUGACCCGUACGAGAUCCUUGGGAUCUCCCGCCGAGCGACACUGGUUGAAAUUCGCAAGGCGUACAGGCAAAAAGCUAAGGAAUGGCAUCCUGACAAAAACCUUCACCCAAAUGCGGAGUCUCGCUUUGUGGAAAUCAAGCAGGCGUAUGAGCUGCUCUCGGACACAGAGCGACGGCAAGCUUAUGACCAGUAUGGCAUUACAAAUGAAGAUGAACACCUCUACAAGCAGAGACAUGAUUACAGUACAUAUGCUCGGUUCAGCACUGACCCCUUUGAAGAGUUCUUCGGAAACCACUUCAGAACUCAGGACCAAGACAUCACAUUAUUUCAUAAGCUUUCAGUCACUGCUAAGCAUUUCGAAAACAACAUAAUGGAGAAAUCAGCCCACACUCCAGCCCUAGUCCUCUUUUACACCGACUGGUGUUUCGACUGCGUGCGGGCGGCCGCCUUCUGGAGGAGACUAGUCGAAGCGUUGCAGCCUCUCGGUGUGACGGCGGCCACCGUCCACGCCGGGCAUGAGGCGAGCUUGGUUAGGAGGAUAGGCGUGCACGGGGUGCCGUGCCUUACGCUGGUUCUCCAACAGCAUGUCUACAUUUAUAAGGAGAGUCUCAGCUCCAUGCCGAAGAUAUUGGAAUGGAUCCGCUGGAAGUUUCCCUACAAGCUCGUUCCCCGUGUAACUGACUCCUCUCUGACCAGUUGGCUUGGCGACUUUGAAGACAACAAGGUCAAAGCGCUGAUCUUUGAGGAACAGCCCACCAUGCGCCUACGAUAUCUGCUCACUGCGUUCCAUUAUAGGGACCGGGUUUCUUUCGGUUUCGUCGCAAUGACAGCACGUGACUCUACCAACGUCACCGCCCGCUACAAAGUCCAGCGUCACAUUGACACCAUGGUGCUUUUAAAAGAGGACAGUCCGGAACCGGCGGCUACGGUCAGCACCACAGAAAUACCCACGAAGACGUUGCGAGAACUGAUAGAAGCUAAUCAGUUGCUUACGCUACCGAGACUAUCGUCGCAGGCGGUCCUCGAGCACGUAUGCCCGGUGGAGUGGCGGCCCGCGCGCCGCCGCCUGUGCUGCGUGCUGCUGUGCUCGGCCGGCGCGGCGGCGCGGCGCGCGAGGGAGGAGCUCCGGCUACUAGCGAGGACGGCGCCCGAGAGACUCCACUACGCGUAUGUCUAUAUGCACAAGCAGCCCGACUUCGUGCAGGCGCUGGCUAAUGGUUCAGGCAGCGACACAUCCCAAAUGGAGCAUCGAGUAGCCAUUCUAUGGCGACGCGAAGCCACUCGCAUUGAAUACGAAUGGCUCAACGAGACCUGGCCCGUGUGCUCCAACGGGCACUGUGACGACUUCAGCGAACCAACCAAUGUGGUGUAUCAGGCGAGGCUGAAUGAUACGAAACGAGCGUUGGAACAGUUGGUCAAGAGACUGUUGAAGCCUAGUGAAGUGAUGGCUUAUGAAGCGCAUGUUCAGGAGUUACUGGACGAAGCGGCCCGGGGUCCGCUGUGGCGCGCCAUGCUGCUCGUGUGCGAGUGGGCGGAGCGCGCGGCGCUGGCGCUGCGCACGCAGAAGGCCGUGUCGCUGGCCUCCGUGCUGGGCACCGUGGCCGUGGUGCUGGCCGCCGGCUACCUGAUGGCGUACCUCAUGUGCGAGUGGGCGGAGCGCGCGGCGCUGGCGCUGCGCACGCAGAAGGCCGUGUCGCUGGCCUCCGUGCUGGGCACCGUGGCCGUGGUGCUGGCCGCCGGCUACCUGAUGUGGGCGGAGCGCGCGGCGCUGGCGCUGCGCACGCAGAAGGCCGUGUCGCUGGCCUCCGUGCUGGGCACCGUGGCCGUGGUGCUGGCCGCCGGCUACCUGAUGGCGUACCUCAUGAUCUACAGCCAUGCUGCUCGUGUGCGAGUGGGCGGAGCGCGCGGCGCUGGCGCUGCGCACGCAGAAGGCCGUGUCGCUGGCCUCCGUGCUGGGCACCGUGGCCGUGGUGCUGGCCGCCGGCUACCUGAUGGCGUACCUCAUGUGAGAUCUACAGCCAUGCUGCUCGUGUGCGAGUGGGCGGAGCGCGCGGCGCUGGCGCUGCGCACGCAGAAGGCCGUGUCGCUGGCCUCCGUGCUGGGCACCGUGGCCGUGGUGCUGGCCGCCGGCUACCUGAUGGCGUACCUCAUGUGCGAGUGGGCGGAGCGCGCGGCGCUGGCGCUGCGCACGCAGAAGGCCGUGUCGCUGGCCUCCGUGCUGGGCACCGUGGCCGUGGUGCUGGCCGCCGGCUACCUGAUGUGGGCGGAGCGCGCGGCGCUGGCGCUGCGCACGCAGAAGGCCGUGUCGCUGGCCUCCGUGCUGGGCACCGUGGCCGUGGUGCUGGCCGCCGGCUACCUGAUGGCGUACCUCAUGAUCUACAGCCAUGCUGCUCGUGUGCGAGUGGGCGGAGCGCGCGGCGCUGGCGCUGCGCACGCAGAAGGCCGUGUCGCUGGCCUCCGUGCUGGGCACCGUGGCCGUGGUGCUGGCCGCCGGCUACCUGAUGGCGUACCUCAUGUGAGAUCUACAGCCAUGCUGCUCGUGUGCGAGUGGGCGGAGCGCGCGGCGCUGGCGCUGCGCACGCAGAAGGCCGUGUCGCUGGCCUCCGUGCUGGGCACCGUGGCCGUGGUGCUGGCCGCCGGCUACCUGAUGGCGUACCUCAUGUGCGAGUGGGCGGAGCGCGCGGCGCUGGCGCUGCGCACGCAGAAGGCCGUGUCGCUGGCCUCCGUGCUGGGCACCGUGGCCGUGGUGCUGGCCGCCGGCUACCUGAUGUGGGCGGAGCGCGCGGCGCUGGCGCUGCGCACGCAGAAGGCCGUGUCGCUGGCCUCCGUGCUGGGCACCGUGGCCGUGGUGCUGGCCGCCGGCUACCUGAUGGCGUACCUCAUGAUCUACAGCCAUGCUGCUCGUGUGCGAGUGGGCGGAGCGCGCGGCGCUGGCGCUGCGCACGCAGAAGGCCGUGUCGCUGGCCUCCGUGCUGGGCACCGUGGCCGUGGUGCUGGCCGCCGGCUACCUGAUGGCGUACCUCAUGUGAGAUCUACAGCCAUGCUGCUCGUGUGCGAGUGGGCGGAGCGCGCGGCGCUGGCGCUGCGCACGCAGAAGGCCGUGUCGCUGGCCUCCGUGCUGGGCACCGUGGCCGUGGUGCUGGCCGCCGGCUACCUGAUGGCGUACCUCAUGUGCGAGUGGGCGGAGCGCGCGGCGCUGGCGCUGCGCACGCAGAAGGCCGUGUCGCUGGCCUCCGUGCUGGGCACCGUGGCCGUGGUGCUGGCCGCCGGCUACCUGAUGUGGGCGGAGCGCGCGGCGCUGGCGCUGCGCACGCAGAAGGCCGUGUCGCUGGCCUCCGUGCUGGGCACCGUGGCCGUGGUGCUGGCCGCCGGCUACCUGAUGGCGUACCUCAUGAUCUACAGCCAUGCUGCUCGUGUGCGAGUGGGCGGAGCGCGCGGCGCUGGCGCUGCGCACGCAGAAGGCCGUGUCGCUGGCCUCCGUGCUGGGCACCGUGGCCGUGGUGCUGGCCGCCGGCUACCUGAUGGCGUACCUCAUGUGAGAUCUACAGCCAUGCUGCUCGUGUGCGAGUGGGCGGAGCGCGCGGCGCUGGCGCUGCGCACGCAGAAGGCCGUGUCGCUGGCCUCCGUGCUGGGCACCGUGGCCGUGGUGCUGGCCGCCGGCUACCUGAUGGCGUACCUCAUGUGCGAGUGGGCGGAGCGCGCGGCGCUGGCGCUGCGCACGCAGAAGGCCGUGUCGCUGGCCUCCGUGCUGGGCACCGUGGCCGUGGUGCUGGCCGCCGGCUACCUGAUGUGGGCGGAGCGCGCGGCGCUGGCGCUGCGCACGCAGAAGGCCGUGUCGCUGGCCUCCGUGCUGGGCACCGUGGCCGUGGUGCUGGCCGCCGGCUACCUGAUGGCGUACCUCAUGAUCUACAGCCAUGCUGCUCGUGUGCGAGUGGGCGGAGCGCGCGGCGCUGGCGCUGCGCACGCAGAAGGCCGUGUCGCUGGCCUCCGUGCUGGGCACCGUGGCCGUGGUGCUGGCCGCCGGCUACCUGAUGGCGUACCUCAUGUGAGAUCUACAGCCAUGCUGCUCGUGUGCGAGUGGGCGGAGCGCGCGGCGCUGGCGCUGCGCACGCAGAAGGCCGUGUCGCUGGCCUCCGUGCUGGGCACCGUGGCCGUGGUGCUGGCCGCCGGCUACCUGAUGGCGUACCUCAUUCGCGUAGAAGAAGAGUCCGUACAACAACAGCGAAGCGAGCGGCGUCGGCAAAACGGCACCGCCAAGAAGAACAACAACGAACCGCAGUCAGAGUUGAGGCUGCACGAGCUUAGGGUGGAGAAAUACAAUGGACUCGUCCGACUGCUGAAACCUGGGUGCCGCACCAUAGUGCUUCUCGUGGACAUGCAGAGCCGAGUGCAGCUGCUGUCCAAGUUUCACAAGAUCGUGUGGCCGUACCGCAAAAACAAAACCCUCCUCUUCGCGUAUCUUCAAGUAGAAAGAAACAUUGACUGGUUCCGUCGCAUAUUACAACUAUCCCUAGGAGGGCAAGAGUUGCGAGUCAACGCUAGGAACUGCGUGGGCACAGUGCUGGCACUUAAUCCGCACCGCAACUACUUCUGCAUAUACCACGCCAAGCAUCCCGAAGGCGCCAAGCCGCACAAGAGGAUGUCCCGAAUGACGCGAUCGCUGGGCGCGUCAGCCGAUCCCGAGGCGGGCGCGUUCAUCGGCUUCACGGAACGGGAUUCCAGCUCCGACGAGGCGCCAGCAUCGCCGUUGCUGCAAGAAAACCUACUAGACGGCCUGGAGAACUGGCUGGACCGACUGUUCGAAGGCAGCACCCACCGCUAUUACAUAAACUACUGGCCAGACAUGACCUCCAAGUGAACCGUCUGAACGCAGCUCUGCAGGGAACAUAUAUGCUUGAUCUUCAAGUAACUUUUUUUUUAAUUGGGUAACCAGACCACAUUUACACGGUGGCUAAAAAAUAAGUGCAUUCCCGUUGCCAGGGAGGUUUUGGGAUUAUACUGAGCAACUUUUAUUAUGGGACCGACCCCGAAAUCGCGAAAAAAAUUUUUGACUGUUUCAUACAUUUUGGCUGGUCCUUUUUCUACGGGUAAAAUUUUUUUUCGCAAUUUCGUGGUUGGUCCCAUAGUAUAAGUUGCUCAGUAUAAUCCCAAAAUUUCCCUGGCAACGGCAAUGCACAUAUUUUUUAGCCAACGUGUAUGAUUACAUUUUUUACCUUUUCUUAAGUUACCUAGUGAGAUGAAAAAAUCAGAAAGAAACAAUAAAAUAUAGUUAAUAAUAUAACACUUUAAACU